GCCCAUGGUUACGUUCACAUGGCACAGCCACAACCAUGGUUAGGCCAAACUAAAACAAAAACUCCAUCAGAAUCUUGCAGCUAGUAUGUACCCACAUUAGUCGCUCCUCUUCCUGCACUUCUCUCCACUCUGACCACACACCAAGCACAAACCAAGAGAUGGCUUCGAGAGAGGAGUAAGUAGAGAGAUCAAUGGAGGUGGUCAGUGCUUCGCAUGGCGUGCUGGGUCCCCUCCUGGGGAAGCUCACCGAUUUGCUUGCUCGUGAGUAUGCCCGUUUGAAAGGCGUCCGCCGCGAGAUCCGGUCACUCAAAUCCGAGCUGACCAGCAUGCAUGCAGCGGUUCAGAAGUACAUGACGCGGCAAGAUCCUGAUGUCCAGGUGAAGGCGUGGAUAUCGCUGCUGAGGGAGUUGACAUAUGACAUCGAGGAUGUCAUCGACAAGUUCAUCUACCAGCUCGGUAAUGGCGGCCAACAUCAGGGUGGCUUCAAGGAGUUCUUUCGCAAGACUGCUUGCCGGCUCAAGACGCUGGGCUCUCGUCGUGGAAUUGCCAACCAGAUUGAAGAUCUGAAAAUUCGUCUCAAGGAGGUAAAAGAGUUGAAAAGUAGUUACAAGCUGGAUGGUGUUCACUUUGAACAUUCAGCUGUGGAUCCCCGCUUGUCUGCUCUUUUUGUUGAGGAAGCACACCUUGUGGGCAUUGAUGGUCCAAGAGAUGAUCUUGCUAGUUGGAUGUUGGAAGAUGAAAGUAGCUCAACCAAGCAUCGCAAGGUGCUGUCGAUUAUGGUUGGAUUCCUUAUACAUGACAUUGGUAUCUUUAUGUUUUCUAUUUGAACUCGUUUUCCUAGUUGGUUAACAAAAUGUACUUAUAACUAUCAGGUAUCUCAUUAUUAUCGAUGAUAUAUGGUCCAUAUCAGCAUGGGACGCUAUUAAGUAUGCUUCCCUGGAGAAUGAUUUAUAUAGCAGAAAUAU